UACGAUAAGGUCUUUGUCUUUGUUAACGACUAUAGCGCUGUUAAGGAGAGCCAGGCAGGCUAUGAGACGGACGAUAAAGGUCAGUUUGAAGACUGUAUUCAUACCAUUGAUACCAUUGGUGUCUGUAUAGCGUGCAUUUUGUUGCUAAAUAAAUCAGUAGCAUCCCUAUCAUCAACACGGUUUCUCCAAGCCCAGCCAGUCAAGGGCAGAUGCUAUGUCUUGACAUUCUCUGCCAAACACAAUCUCACACUUGCAGACCUCUUGCCGCAGGAGAUUGUCCCUAUCAUAGAGGUUUGGACGGAUAUUUACGCACUUCAUCUGUCACCAAAAUCAUGCCUGUACAAAUCGGAUGCAAUUGCGGGGAUUUCAACCGACUCACCAGCAAGGCAAAUAUCUAGUCCGAGGGAACAAUAUAGAUAUAUGCAAAUAUUCGAAAAUAAGGGAGCAACAAUGGGGUGCUCCAAUCCUCAUCCGCAUGGUCAAAUAUGGACAACUAGCACCCUGCCCGAAGAACCCUCAAAGGAGCUCUUGCAGAUGUUGAGAUACUGCAAGGAGCACGAAGGCAGCCAUAUGCUCGAAGACUAUGCCUCGCUCGAGAUGGAAAAGAAGGAGCGAAUAGUGUUUGAAAAUAACACUUUCCUAGUCCUCUGUCCCUGGUGGGCCGUAUGGCCCUUUGAGACGAUGAUCGUAAGCAAACAACAUAAAAGGGCAUUGAUAGAUUUGAACCAAGAAGAAAAAGAGCAUCUAGCGGAGGCAAUUGCUGAAUUAACCCGUCGAUAUGAUAAUCUCUUCAAAACCCAUUUCCCGUAUAGUAUGGGUAUUCACCAGGCUCCGCUGGACGCCAGAAAGGAGUUAAAAGCUAACAUUCACUCUUACUUUAGGUAUGAAUUGCUUGCAGAACCUCAACGUGACAUUACGCCAGAGCAGGCUGCAGCAAGGCUAAGAGACUGCGCAGGAGAGCUGUAUAGAAAGAAGCUCUAA